AUGAAUGAAUUGGCAAACGAUGAAGCAUUGUUAAAUGAUUUCUUACAAUUUCGUCAACAACAAGCACAUUAUCGAAUUCAAAAAACAGGUCACAAUUUAAUUCCGUACUACGAAAAUGUUCCGUCAAAUAAACAUGUAAUUCACAAGCAAUUAAAUCGAUCUAAAAAGUUGCAAUCAGGAGUAAAUAUACAACCAGACGUAUCAACACCAAACAAACGUAGAUUGAAUGAUAGUGCUGGAUCAGGAGGAUUACCAACACCGAAGCAACAACGAUCGGGAAAUAAACAAUUUCAAGAUAAUGAAGUAAUAUUAGAUGCAACGGGCGAUAAUCAACAGGUAGAUUCAACAUCAAAACACAUGAAGCAACAUAAGAUUCCUUUCGAUUAA